AUGUAUAAUAAUAAUAUCGGAGAAAUAGUGUCAAGUAUAAUAGGUUGGACUUAUUUUUUAGCCUGGUCAAUAAGUUUUUAUCCACAAGCAAUAUUAAAUUGGAAACGUAAAAGUGUGCAAGGAUUAUCCAUAGACUUUUUAUGGUAUAAUUUUUAUGGAUUUAUGUGGUAUUCAGAAUUGAAUAUUGCAUCAUUUGGUAAACGUGUUCAUAUAAUGAAUGCUAUUACUGCACUGAAAUCCGAAUUUUCAAUAAAUGAUAAAAAUAAAGAAGAUGAGAAGGAUGAUAGCUCUGAAUAUGAAGAGCAAAUUUUUGUUGAUCAAAAACCAUCAUCCCGUAAACUUGGAAAUCGGAAAUAUUCAAUAUCAAAUCCUUCUUUAUCAAAAUAUCCCGACAACAAUGAUACCAAUAUCACUCAUGAAGGAUUCCAAAAUAGGUCGCAAAGAUCCUCUACGGCCGUUAAGUUCUCAAAUGAUACUAAGAAAGCUUCAUACCCUCAUCAAGCAACUUUACAAAAAUCUGAAUCCAAAUUUUCAAAUAAAGAGAAUAGUGAUGAAAAGAAUAAUAAAUCACAAAGAUCGAUUUUUUCAAAAAUGAGUCAAUUAACAAAAUCAAAUAAUAAUAAUUAUUUUUUACACAAUUCGAAGGCAACUGAGGAGGAGGGGUUUUAA